GAAGCUGAUCCACUUUAACUUUCUCAGACAAUAAUAACGACCCGUCAGUAAGAGGUUUAUUCCCCGCAGGAAACUCUCCAUCGUGUCCGUGGAUUGUUGGACUUAAAAAAAAAAAAAAAAACCCCGCUGUGAUUUCCCAGGAGAAAAGACAGAUUUUAUUCUUGAGGUCGUCUGUGGGCAGAGGGGCCAAACAAAAUCAUUCAGAGGGCCGCAAAUGGUCCCUGUGCCACACUUUGGACAUCCCUGAUAUUUUUCUCAUGUUAUCUCCGGUGUUUUCUUGCCACAUUCCUGAAGUUUCUGCAGACAAGAUCACGUUUUUCACUCCGGAUAUGGCUUUUCUGUGCAGGAGAGGAAGCUGAUUUGAUUUAAAAAAUAUACUUCAGUCUUUCUGCUUUUACUCAAACACUUUUUAAAAAGCAAAAAUGCCAGCAAAGACACCAAUCUACCUAAAAACUACAACCCCAAAGAAAGGGAAGAGGCUGCGGCUGCGUGACGUCCUGUCGGGGGACAUGAUCAGCCCCCCGCUGGGCGACGUGCGCCACAGCGCGCACGUGGGACCGGAAGGCAAGGGGGACAUGUUUGGAGACGUGGGUUUCCUCCAGGGGAAGAUGGACAUGCUUCCGGGCCACGGCCACGCCCGCUCGCACAGCGUGGACCAGGCCGCCACGCAGGAGCCCCGCAGCUUCGCCUACAACGGCUGCCACUACCAGCAGGCCUCCAACGGGCUGCUGAAGAGCACCGUGUCCAUGCCGGUGUGCGUCGCCCACGAGCAGGCCCCGCCCAAGCCGCCGCGGCUCCACCUGGACCAGCAACCAGGUGAGCCGGGUGACGCUCAGCCGGAAGUUUGUGAAGCGUCCGCCGUGCGCGGGCUCGUCCCAUCAUCCGGGUCCUUCUCGGAGGCGUCGUCGGAGGACUCCGUGUCGGAGACGUGUGGACCCCCGGAUGUCCGCCGCGGCCUCAGCCUGGACUCGGACGCCGGGUUGAGCAACGAGGAUCUGAGCAGCGAGCGCAGUGACUCGCCAUGCCCGGUGCCGGGCCUCCAGCCGGCCGACUCCCUGGCCAGGCUGGACCUGGACCUGGACCUGGGCCCGUCCAUCCUGGAGGACGUGCUGAGCAUCAUGGACCGCUAUAAGGCCGAGGACGACCGCUGCGAGCUGUGAGGACAGGACUCUCUGAGACAUGCUGAGAAAAACGGGGAGACUUUACCUGAGUGCAGUGGCGUCCCCAAGAGGGGGGAUCGAGGGGGCCAGGGCCCGGUCUGGAAAAAUGUUAGCUCCCCAGUAACUCAUGUUCAGGUCAGACAAAGGCAUACAAUCAUCUAUUUUAAUCAACACAUACACAUAAAACCCAAUAAAUACAUACAUACACAUAAAAUAAUACAAAAAAAGAUAU